AUGGAGCAGCCAUCUCAGCCGUCCAAAAGGCGGCGCCUUAUGCCGAAGCAAUCGCAAUCCGACCAAACAACUUUCCCGCACGAAUCGCCUCAGCCUCAGCAACACCAGGUCCAGGAGGCCCCACCAGCAGAGCGCCAUGAUUUCGAGUCGUUUGCGAGGCAUCUCCAGGAUGCCGCCAUGUUAAUACAGCGUCAGACCGAACGCCCGCCCUAUGACAGCGUCUCCGUUCUAAUGUUACGAUGGGAGGAGGAUACCUCGACCGAAGCUGAUCUGACAGCUCUGGAGAACAUCUUGAGAGACCGCUACAACUAUCGAACCGACCGAUGGAAUAUUCCUACUGUACCGAAUCCCAGCAUCAAGCUUGGUGUGCAAAUGGCCUCUUUUCUUGAACAAGCCCGCAACAACCAUCUGUUGAUUAUAUACUAUGCUGGUUACGGCUAUGUUGGGGCAGACAAUCAGCUCUACUGGGCCUGCAACAACCGAGAAGACGCAGCAAAGCUCAAGUGGGACGGUGUCCGCUGCCUGUUCGAAGAUGCACAAUCUGACAUUCUUCUCUUGCUCGACACAUGCACCGCCCGCGAUAUUCCCGUGUCCGGCAGUCAUGGAGUGAAGCAGGCCAUUGCAGCUUGCGGCUCCGAACUGACUGCACGAGAGAGCACAGGCAAAUCUUUCACAUAUCACUUAAUUGAGGCGUUGCAUAAAUUGAGCACUCUUGGGAGACCCUUCAGUGUUCCGCGAUUACACGAGGAAAUUGUAUUGCUGAGACAGCAGGAAAAUACUCAGUCCGCAAAACUUACCAAUGGUGCCAGCAAGACUCCACCUCCAGCAUCUCAGCUUCCUAUAUUUUUUACUCUCACACCUGGCAAGGGGCAAAGUUUGAGCUUGGCCCCCUUGCCUGCUCGGACGGCCCAGCAAUCGCCGCGUAACGGAGCUGACGGGGAAGCCCAGUCAAGGACAGCGAGAGAGGACCAGCUUAUUGACCCUGAAUCUGUUACUGAUUUGCGAUUCGAUGAGGCGAGAGUGCUGGUAUGCACGACUUUCGUGGGGGAUGCCAGUCCAGAUAUGUCCUUCUUCAACGGCUGGCUGCACAAUACGCCUCCCCUGGCUGCCAAGAUCGAAGUUGAGGGCAUGUUUCUUGGCCCGCCCACCAUGCUUCUGAUAUCGAUGCCACACUCAAUUUGGAAUGUUGUACAACAUGAUAAGGUUUGCUGUUUCCUGGGCUACAUCACAUCACACAAUAUGAUUCAUUUGUAUCAAAAGUUGAAGGGGUCUUCCGGCAUCAAGGCUACAGCAAAAGAGGUGGAAGACGGCCGCAUCUUGUUGGAGGCAAGGGAAUUGGCAGCAAGCACACCGGCUAUCCACCGACAUUCACUUGACAGCAAAGACGCUGCCUAUCAUGAGGCAGUCAGUCGCUCAGACACCACCCCCUCCGGCAUAUCAUAUGCCACUGCAGCAGUCGCAGCUGCAAUUGAUAGCAAAGAUGAUGUCGAAGAUUCGGCUGAGAUGCAAGAGGCUGCCGAACAGCUUAAGGCCUUGAGCCAUGUACGCCACCUUAGCGAUGAGGCCCCGCCUGCUGUAGAACGACAACGUACAACUCUGCCAGACGGAGUGAUACCUGCGAAUCAUGAGGACACAGGCUCUUCUCAUGACGCCAACGAAUCUGGAGCCGAUGACACCAUGCAUUCCAUUGAUAUGAGCACCCCUAAUGCAAAGCCUAAACAGCGGAGAACAAUACAGAAAGCAACGCCGAAACAAGAAACCAGGUGUACCCUGUGUAGCCAUGCUCCCUUCAAAGACUCCUCAUCGCUGCGCAAGCAUAUUGCGGCUGCACAUACCAGGCCGUUCCCUUGUGCCUUCUCUUUUGCGGGCUGCACCAGUACAUUUGGCUCGAAAAACGAGUGGAAACGGCAUAUUGCCUCUCAGCAUCUUUGUUUACAGUAUUACCGCUGCUCAUCUUGUCCGCAGAGCACGAUCGAGGGCAAGGGAAACGAGUUCAACCGAAAAGACCUCUUCACUCAGCAUCUCCGUCGUAUGCACGCACCAUUUGCGAUCAAGAAAGCAAUUGCCAAAGGUGACAGCAAAUUACAGGUCGAGUGGGAGGGUCACGUCAAGGAAAUGCAGACAACUUGCCUGGUCACACGUCGGUCACCGCCUCAAAAGUCCGCAUGCCCGAAACCCGACUGCCAGAGUGUUUUCGAGGGACCCGGUUCAUGGGACGAGUGGACAGAACAUGUUGGCAGGCACAUGGAAAAGGGCGAAGGCCAGCGGCUUGGCGUGGAUCGUUUGCUAGCAAAGUGGGCUCUUGACGAAGGCAUCAUUGAGCGGAAAGAAGAUGGCGAGUACCGUCUUUGCGCUGGCAACGGCACCGGCGUGGGCGGUCCGGUCAGUGGAGGAGACCCGAAAGAUUCUACGUCAAUGGCGUUCUCAGAUUCAAAACAGGAAACCGAAGAGAUAGCGGCCGAAAUAAGGGACACCACAGAGGACAAGAUGGAAGUGGACAGUUAG